AUGCUUAAUUUAAUUCCGCCCUCAUAGUAUAAACCCUAUACCAAUACUUAAACUACUGCUCAAUCUGCGGUUUGCAUACUCUUAAGAGGGUAAUUUAAACCCUAAGAAGGAUACUCCUAACUGAAUAUCAACAAUCCCCAAUCCACCAAAUUUCAAGAACAGAAAGAUAUUGAAAUACUUUAUAUUUAAAGAUAAAACUCAAAAAGAGAUUAAUAUAGUGGUGAAAUUGCAUUCCCAGGAGGCAAAUGUGACAAUGAUGAAACAGACUUGUAAGCUGCAAUAAGGGAAGUACAUGAGGAAGUAGGAAUUAAUUUAAAUGGAUUGGAAUGCUAUUAUGUAUGUCGACUGUCGAAGAAUGCUUUUAUGAAGAAAUUGAAAAAUAAUAAAUCUCUAUUUUGCAGUGCUUUCGUAAUAGCGAUCAAUGAUCCUCAGAAAAUGACCGAUCACAUGAGAUUGUCUGAAAAUGAAGUACAAUAAGCAAAGUGGGUUAAACUUAGUUAUUUUGAUGAUCCAAUUUACAAAACAAAAAAGAGUCAACAUUAUUUUGGACCUAGAUCUAUAGCUAAGUAUUUUAAGUAAGCAGAAACUGCAGCAUUGGACAUCGGAUUUGAAGAGGUGUUGUAUGGAUUCACAUUUUUUUUGACUAUUUCAUUUUUAUCUCUUAUUUAGAAACACUAAAAAGUGUGGGAACAUGCUCAUUUUGCCAAGUUCACAUUCACAGGGCCUAUGAAAUAUGCUCUAGAAUAUGGAGCCAUGAUAGCUUACAAAAGAGAGAGAAUUGGGUUGUUUGAGAGAUGGAAUUGGCCAAUCUACACAUACUUAAUACCAAUGUUAAUAUUGAUGAUUUUGAUUUGA